AUGGGGAGGAGCAAGGGGGAGAUUGUGUGCAUAGACGACUGCUGUUUCCUCCAGAUGUGGGCCUGGUUCUAUGGCGUACCCGUGCGUCCUCUUGGAGAAAAUAAACGCCACACGCUUCCUGCAGACCUCCGCACUGCAACCGAUAGCGCAUCUGAGGGCGAACCCGACGGCUCACGGAAAACGUUCCAGAAAUCGGCUUCGUCCAUAAGUACAAGAGCGGACGUCAGAAUGACUGAUGCGAAGGAGGAUAUGGACUAUCCUUCCAACCAGCUGGAAACGCCGGGCGGGGAGGACAUCAAGGAUACGGUCGUGCAUCGCAACGUAACGAUCAGCAACGUAAAUAUCCCGAUCAUGGGUUCAAGGCUCACCGCUGCUGUCCAUAAGCAUGACCCUACACCUACUCUGCCAGCUUCGUCAUCCUACGCCAGCACCUUGCAGGUGGGGACGCGGGCUUCAGGACAAAAGAGGAGAUAGCGAUGAUCAAUGAGCAGAAGCUACAGAAAGCGUUGAAACACACCAGGAGGUUCGAAGUGCGAAAAAGCGAGAGGUGCCAUCUAGGAUGGUCGCUCAGAAUCCGAUGGCAUAGGGGCGAGGCGUAGCGACCCGCGAGCCGACAUGUAGAACGAGACAAUGGCAGUUGAUAGUGGGAUGUGUUCUUCUAUGUAUGCGCCGUUCCUAGCCCGAAUGUUGUGAAUACGAGUAUG